AUGACCCGCGGGAGAAAUAAUUGGACAUGCGAGGAUGAUCACAAACUAAAAGUACUAUACAAAUUAUAUCAAGGUCAACCGAAUUUAUGGCGAAUUAUCAGUCAUUGGUUUCCAAAACAAAAUUCUAAAACGUGUCGUGAACGAUGGAUUUUUCAUACGGAUCCAGCAAUAAACCAUUUACCGUUUACAUACGACGAACGACAAUACAUACUAUCUCGAGUAAAUCAACCUGGAACUACAGAUUGGGUAGUAAUAGCAGACGAAUUAUCGAGUCCACAAGCACGGAGAACAUCUUUACAGUGUAAAAACUUUGUGAACAAUCGUCAACGACGAAUAGAGGGUGAAGUUAAAAGACUCACAGAUCAAUAUAAGAAGUCUGGUGAUCGAAUGAGUUUAGGAUUUAUUUUGAAUUAG